GAAUGAGGAAGACGAGACACACAUGAUGACCCUAGCCUCUUACUUGGACCUGGUGAGUCGCCACUGCAUGAAGAGCUACAAGGAGGUCUUCGAAAUAGCGGAGAAAGUGGUGAAGACGGUGAGCAAAGAGGACCCCGAGUACUACGACCACAUCACUAAGUGUCUCUCGACCCAAGUGAGCAGGAUUAACUUGAAGGAUUUCCCUCCCGAAAUUCUCGUGAAAGAAACCAAGGCGUCGACGAAGCUUCACGCCGAGCUCCUGAAGCGGGACAUGAAGGAGAUGAAGCCCAAGUACCAGAAGAUCUUCACCGACCCCGCCAUCUUCGUCAGGAAGUGGCUCGUGCAGGGUUUCAUGGGCGUCCUCAGCAUCGCCUCGGGACUGUGGGUGUGGGACGAGCUGUUCCUGAGCGAGUGGAACCGGGUCGUCCUCGAGCGCGUCGGGGUGGCGGUCCUGUCUCUGAUCAAGCCGUGGAUGCUGAGGGCCAAGAUGUACUCAGGGGCGAGGAAGGUGCUCCUAGACGAACCGGGGAAGAUCUACCUGAGUGACCUCCGGAAGGCAGUCGCUCACCUGGACAAAGGAGGAUCCUACGCGGAGAUCCCCAACAACAAGAACUUCAUAGAGAGGAAGACGGAAGCGGAGAACCAGGCACAAGCGGAGAAAAGGGAACCACAGAGGAGGCGGAGAGACAGCAGAAGCGACCAGAGGGAGAAGAAGAACGAAGCGAAGGAGAAGAAAGAAGAAGAAGAAGAAGAGAAAGAGGAGAAGGAAGCCCCAGCAGGACGUUCCCGAGCUGCAGGUGUAGGCGAGGGUGAGGAGUGAGCAAUCGUAGCGUCUUCUCAGGCGGUCGUUAUGUUGCUCAAGAAAAAAACACGACAUUAUCAAGAUCAUAAACCGAAGACCUUUAAGAAGAAUCCAUAAUUCAUAUCGGGCUUUCAAAACCCUUUGAAAAAGCGAACAAAUAAACACAAGCGAUUUACAAAUAUUUAACCUU